CCCUCUGCUGCAGCCAGGAUGGGUCUGAGGGUGGCUCAGACAGGUUUUGUGGUCCUGGUGCUGCCCCAGAGCUGUGCUGCAUACAAGCUGAUCUGCUACUACACCAGCUGGUCCCAGUACCGGGAGGGUGAUGGGAGCUGCUUCCCAGAUGCCAUCGACCCCUUCCUCUGUACCCACAUCAUCUACAGCUUUGCCAACAUAAGCAACAAUGCGAUCGACACCUGGAAGUGGAAUAAUGUGACGCUCUAUGACACACUGAACACACUCAAGAACAGGAAUCCCAACCUGAAGACCCUUCUAUCUGUUGGAGGAUGGAACUUUGGUUCUCAAAGAUUUUCCAAAAUAGCCUCCAACACCUGGAGUCGCAGAACUUUCAUCAAGCUGGUGCCACCAAUUCUGCGGACCCAUGGCUUUGAUGGACUGGACCGAGCCUGGCUCUACCCCGGGCGGAGGGACAAGCAGCAUCUCACCUCUCUGGUCAAGGAAAUGGAGGCUGAGUUUGCAAGGGAAGCCCAGGCAGGAGCAGAGCAACUCCUGCUCAGCGCGGCAGUGUCUGCUGGGAAGAUUGCCAUUGACAGAGGCUAUGACAUCGCCCAGAUAUCCCGACACCUGCACUUCAUCAGCCUUCUGACCUACGACUUUCAUGGAGCGUGGCGCCAGACCAUAGCACAUCACAGCCCCCUAUUCCGGGGCCGGGAAGAUACAAGUUCUGACAGAUUCAGCAAUGCUGACUACGCUGUGAGCUGUGUGUUGAGGCUGGGGGCCCAGGCCAAUAAGCUGGUGAUGGGUAUCUCCACUUUUGGGAGGAGCUUCACCCUGGCCUCUUCCAAGACAGAUGUGGGAGCCCCGACCUCAGGGCCAGGAAUACCAGGUCGGUUCACCAAGGAGAAAGGGACCCUCACCUACUAUGAGAUCUGUGACUUUCUCCGCGGAGCCACGGUCCAUAGACUCCUUGGUCAGCAGGUCCCCUAUGCCACUAAGGGCAACCAGUGGGUGGGGUAUGACGACCAGGAGAGCAUCAAAAACAAGGUGCGGUACCUGAGGAACAGGGAGCUGGCUGGCGCCAUGGUGUGGGCCCUGGACUUGGAUGACUUUCAGGGCACCUUCUGCGGACAGAAUCUGCACUUCCCUCUCACUAGUGCUAUCGAGGAUGCGCUACUGAGGUGUAGCCUUCGGUUCUUGGGCACACAGUGGGGCAGAGAUCACUUGGCCCUGACUGGCUAG